GAGCGAUGUUCCGCCGUCCCCCGCGCAACUUCCGCGGCCGGCGGCGCGCAGCCUCCAGCGGCAGCAGCGASGACGAGCCGGAGCCGCAGCCGGAGCCGCAGCCGGAACCGGCCGCCGCUCCGUCCCCAGACUCCGGCGCCAGCUCGCCCUCGGAGGCUGAGGGGGAUCCCCCCGCGGGGUCCGGCGAGGAGGGGCCGCUGCCCACCGAGGAGCGGCUGCCCACCGAGGAGCCGGCGCGCAGCCCCCGCGGCCGGGGGCGCAGACCUGGGGCGGGCACGGGAACGGGCCCGGGGCAGCGCCGAGCUGGGGCCGCAGCGGGGCCCGGCAGGGCCGGGAAGGAGCUGCUGAGCUUCGGCAGCGAGGAGGAGCGGGAAGGUGAGGAGGGAUCGUGUGUAUGUGUAUGUGUGUAUGAAGAGUUUUUUGAAGUUAAAAAGCCAUCCUUCAACGAAGUAACUUUUAGAAUUAGAAAGAAGGAAAGUCUACUGCCUGCACAGACAGAAGUUGAAGAAAGCAAGAAAGUCUGUCAGUUGGAGCCUGCAAUUGGCAGCACCAAAGACACUCGUGAAGAGGAGGARGAGAAUGAGGAUGAAACUUAUUCUUCACUGAAUGAGGACUACAACAGCUCAGACUCUGAAAAUGAAUCCACCUCUCCACAGAGGAGGAMGGAUUUAUCACCAGGCAGUAUCCCCAGUGCAGCUCACRUUGAGGCUGCUCGGAGGAAGCGUCACUUAGCCAGAACAGAGGCUGAUUAUCUUCCCCUGGAUGUGUCAAACAGUCCUCAGGUCCCUCAGAGAAGAGGAAGCAGUGAUUUGGAGAGUGAAGAUGAGUCUGAAACAAAGAAUCUUGAUUUUGCUCCUAAAAUGAGAACUCUUAGGCAGAGGAUGACUGAAGAGAUGGUGUCUGUGGGUGAUGGAUCAAGUGACGAUGAAGCCAAGUGGGAAGAACAGCAAAUCAAGAAAGCUGUUAAACUCUCUCAGGAAAUUUGUGAUGAUGCUUCUGUGCAUAAAUAUCAACCAGCCAAACCCAAGUUUGAUACCUCUGUUUCUCUACCACCUGUGAAUCUGGAAAUUGUGAAGAAACGGCUGACUGAAAGGAUAACGUCCUUACAGGAUGUGCACCGUGCUCACCAGAGAGAGUAUGAAAAAUAUAUGGAGGAUAUUGAGAGCUCAAAGAUGUGUGUUCAAGAGUUAGAGAAGUCUUCGGAUGCAGCUCUGAAUUACAAAUUCUAYAGGGCCAUGAAAACAUAUGUAGAAAACCUGAUAAACUGUUUGAAUGAAAAACUGAAGGACAUUAAUGAACUGGAAUGGGCUGUACAUGCACUUCUUCAGCAGCGAGCUGGGAAAGUAUCAAAGCGAAGGCAAGAGGAGCUGAAAAAUGAAUCUGCUUAUAUUCAGCAUGUGACAAGUGGGAAUAACAAACCAACAAAAGGUGGAAUGGAAGGUGAUGGGAAGACACAGGUUCUGGAAAUGUGUGAACAUCGAAGGACUUGCAGGCGGCAGGCGAGGGAGCAAUCAGGAGCAGGAGAUCACCAUGAGGGCUUGUCGAGCGAUGAAGAACUGACUCCCACAGAGGUGGAUGAGUUCCAGAAGAGCAAAAAUAACGUUWUAGAGGAUAGUAGGAAAAUCUUUGAAGAUGUACAUGCAGAUUUUUGUGACAUCAGAAAAAUCCUGUUGAAAUUCCAGGAAUGGAAAGAGAAGUUUCCUGACUCUUACUGUGAUGCUUACAUCAGUUUCUGUCUGCCUAAGCUAUUAAAUCCAUUGAUCAGAGUUCAGUUAAUAAGUUGGAAUCCUCUUGAGAAUUUUACAGAGCUGGAAGAGAUGCCCUGGUUCAGAGCUAUAGAAGAAUUCAGCAAUGCAGAAAAUGUAUCUGAAUCAAAAAGGGAUGAUGAUCACGAUCAAAAAGUUUUGCCUAGAGUGAUUGAAAAAACUAUUCUUCCCAAAAUUACAGUAUUUGUGAAGAGUGUGUGGGAUCCUUUAUCUACUUCACAAACAAGGAAYCUUGUACAGCUUUGCAAUAACAUCUUUGGGAGACAAAUCUUUUCCAAAAAUGACUCCAAUCGAGCCAGAGAGGAUUUGAUGAACACAGUUGUCCUAAGAAUGAAGAAAUCUGUAGAGGAAGAUGUCUUUAUUCCUCUGUAUCCUAAGAGCACUGUGGAAGACAAGUCAUCACUACGYUCAAARUUUCAGGAAAGACGGUUUUGGUCAGCUGUUAAGCUGCUCUCCAAUGUUGUUCUUUGGGAUGGGAUUGUCCAGGAAGACAAGGUCCGUGAUUUGGGACUGAGCAAGUUGCUGAAUCGUUACCUUCUUCUGAACAUCCUAAACACACCUUUAGGGCCAGAUAAUAUAGAAAAAUGUAAUAAGGUGGUUGCAUGCCUUCCAGAAAGAUGGUUCCAAGAUCUUAAAGGUGGAUCCACUCUCCCUGAAUUACUGAACUUCAGCCAGCACUUGCUGCAAUGUGCUCGYACACUACACAAGGACAACCACAGUGAUGAAACAAAAGAAGUUCUUCUCCUUCUGGUGAAAAUUGGAGCUCUGCAUAUUGUGGAAGACUUCAUUGAGGAGCAUAAACUUGAACACCUUAAACCAAUGAUUGGGAAAUAAACAUUUUUGAAGCAACACUUCUAUUUACUGAAACAAGCCUGCUAUUCACACUCAACCAGUUCUAUUGUGAAAUUGAGUUAGUGGAUGCUACCUACGCAAAGAGGUAGUGGUAAUCACUGUCUUAGUGUUAAAUACAUGAGGCGUUUUUUCCAAAUGUCUUUUACUGCCAUCUCCUCCUGGGCUAAGGAGUAUUUACAAGUCACAGUUGUCAAAGCAAUGGCUCAGGCAUUGUAAAAUGUCUAAAAUGCGUGACAGCGCUUUACUGCUGUAUCCUUCUUGGAAGGAAUCCUGGAAACAGAAAGUGCCUGUGAAGUUUGUCACUGCCAGCCAGUAGACAACUUGACAAGUUAUUUUCAGUAUUAAUCGUCAAAUAUCAUUCUGACUCAGCAGUCACUUAGCWCUUCUAACUUGUGGUCCACAAUGAGUUUUUGGUAGGGUUAUUGUUAAGCCAUUCCUAGUGAAAAAUAAUUUAUUAUACCCUUGAUACAGAAACAAGAAGGGCCAGAAUGCAGGUGAGAAAUCAGGAUUUUCAUCAGACAUUGUGAUGAUGAGAACAGAAUAACUUCAGUUACUUUCCACUAACUGGAAUUCUAGAAAAUUCCUUUUGYUCCCCAGUMAGCUCUACAGAACCUUACUUMUUCAUAUUCAUAUUAGAUUUCUAAYGUUWUAUAACUUUGUAUAUUUGCAAUAAAUAUUGUUGUACAAUAACAAGGAUGCUUCAUUGUAAAAACUGUAGUGYAUCACAGAAUCCAUGUUUGUGACUAUUUCUCCAAAAUCUUCUGGGAAGAGAAUUCAGCUCUUGCAGACUUAAUCCCUAUGCCUUMGUUUUGUAUUUUUUUAAGUUAAAAAUAUAUUUUUGUAAAAUAUUUUAAUUGUAAAUAGCUUUGAUAAGUAUUACAGACAAAAGAUAAAUAAUUUGUUUUAUUUUGAAAAUAAAAUACUUCACUGUGGUAAUGACUCUUACAGUACAAUUCUUUGUCGUGACAAAAAYGUUAUUAAGAGGUAUGAAAAAGCCUCCAGCUCCACUAACAAUCAGUAGCUUUAGGAUUGAUGUUGUAAAUACUGCUUUCUAAUAAUCAAUUUCUGUUGCUUUUCCUCUCAGAAUGCCAACAAAAAUGCAACUGCUGCUCAGCAACCACCACAAGCUCAUGAUCUCAUUGCUUUUCACUUGUUCUGCUUUGUCUCAUCCCAGCUUGUCUCUAGCACCAGCCUUGUGCUAUAACAAAACUGUAAUUGGUGUUCCAUCACAAUUUAGCUCUGCAGAUGUUUGUUUCUGGAAGAAAGAUU